CCGGUUAGUUGGAACGAGUAAUGGCUUUUGUUGUAUUACCUCCUCUUGUUUGAUAAAUAAAGAAAUACAGUAAAUGGUCUAUACUCAAUAGCGUCAAAGAAAGUGAACUAUGUGUUGUUUGCUCUGCCUUCUGUUGCAUAUAAACCUACAUGUAAACUCACUUAAGACUACACAGCUACAUGUAUACGGCUGAUAAAAAUGUUUUUGCAUGGAUGAGAAUCGUGGGAUAAUAAUGUAUAAAUGAACUAUGUUAUUUAUUAGAAUAAUAACGAGAAAACAUUUAGACACAGGUACAUAAAAACCCCAUAUUAAUGCAUAAAUAUACACAUUAAAGCAACAUAUAGAGGACUAGAUUUCUCUGGAAACGACUUAAGAUCCUUAAAUCAAAGGAUAAAUCCGUUGUUUAGCGUGACAACAAUAUCUGGUACUAUAAGGCUUAGAAAGAAAUUCACAUCCAAAGGAGGACAGGGCAAGAACUGUGAGAUGUAUACUCAUGUAGAUAAGAGAACUCUUACCACCUGAUUAAUCAUCUUUAUUCAAGAGAACUCUUACCCAGACUUGUUCCAACUCUGAGCUGGGGCAAAGUGGCUUUGGACAUUAAGAAACCAAAAUGGGGUGGUAAUCAAGUAAUUUUGGACCUUUUUAAGCAAGUGUCAAGAAAUUAAUUACUUAGGUCUACCUUAUGCUGCAAACAUAGCACAAUUUGGCCAUUAUUGUUGUCAUAGUUAUCACAACUUGAUCUGCGGUUGCAACAACUAAUAGUGGUUCAAUGGUUCAUUGGAUCAACUACAGUUCUUCAGUUAUAUAAUUUUUAGCUGAUAAAUGUGUCACAACCCUAGGAUACUAGAGGGGUAAUACUGUAAUUGGGCUGCAUACUAUUGUAAUUUGGUUAGAUCAUACUGUUGUAAUUCGGUUAGAUGCCUUGGCUGUUGCUGUGUUUGUUGAGCUUCAAGUACAAUAACUGAAGAACAACCAGGUAUACCUAUAAAAGGCUAGUUGUAAGGGGACGGUGGGGGUAUUCAGACAAUUAACGACUGAAUCUUUCCCCCUUUCCUAAUUUCUCUCUCAUUCUCUCUCUCGAUUCUCUUCCCAACUUUCUCUCUACUUCCAAUUUCUCUUGAAUGUUACCGAAGUUACCACUGUCAGAUCCUUAGAUUUGACAAUUGGUAUUAAAGCUGAUGGUCUUGGCAGCCGAACAUAGGCGGGUCGGUAGGUGAGCACAUGGGAAUCGACACGAAUAGACAAGCGUUCGCUUUUGGUGCGGGAGUCUGUCGAAGGUGGUGAAGCAGACAACCUAGGAGGUUUGCAACUAGAGCAGACAAUUGGUGCGAGAGUUCUGUCAAAGUUGGCGAUGCGGAUGGACAGGGGGUUCAUGAUUGGUGCAAGAGUUUCGUUGAUGUUGGGUUCCGAAGACGGCAGACAGGUAGACCUAUCAAGAAAAUUAACUAGGUCGAACAAGAAGGUAAUUCGUGUUAACCGGAGGUGGUAGUCGAUGGAGACAUGUCAGAAGGAACAAGAAUGAAACAAUUGGAAACCCAAUUGGAUACGAUGGAGAUUAGCCUUCACCAAACUCAGGAGCAACUGGAGGGUCGAUUCAAAAUGAUGGAACUCAGGCUCUGCUAGACACAUGAAGAGGUGAGUUGUGGCAGGGCCAAGAACAUGGCAACCAAAGAUAUGUUGAUGUCAGUAGAGAAAAAUGUGAAGGCUGAGAUUACCGGUGUUUGUGAGGAUGUUUCUAGUCUCUAGGAGGAGUUUUCUGAUUUCGCGCUGUAGUUGAGGAUUGUUCUGAGUUUAUUUUCGAGGUUACCCAAUGCAAGUUUGCCAGUAGAUUUUCCCCCAAGAACGGUCACAGCUCUGACCUUGGAAGGAGUAGGGAUUCACAGUCGUACUCCGAAUCCUCUGGAAACAAAGGAUCGACUAGAAUUCAUAGCAGGAGCUUCCGACUUAGGGGAAUAUACGGGCCAAACCAAUACCCAGAUGUCGAGGCAAUAAAUACUGGUGUUUGAUGGGGGCAAGCCGUGUUGGUGGAUCUAGCGUUGUGAAAGGUUCUUUCAUUAUUUCCAUGUGGUCCAAAGUCAGAAGGUAAAUUUGGCCACGGCGUAUCUUAACGACGGAGUGGAUGCGUGGUUUCAAGGGUGGAGUUGUGGACGGUCAGAAUUGAGUCGGCAUGAAUUUGCUAGAGAAUUUUGUGCUCACUUCAGUGAAAGAGCAAUGACAGAUGUGGUAGAGGAGUUCAACAAAUUGAAAUAGGAAGGUGCAAUGGAUGCUUAUCUAAUCAGGCUUGAGGAAUUGAAAUCAUUGUUAACUCUCUCUUACCCAACCCUGGAUGAACCCUACUUUGUGUCCAGUUUUAUCAACAGCUUGAAUGAUGAACUAAGGCUGACGGUGAAGAUGAUGCAAUCAGCCACUGUCAAGCAGGCUGUAGAGAAAGCCAGGCUCUAGGAACUUGCAUUGAGAGCGAUUGUCAAGAAAUACAUGUUCUCCAUGGAAGUUUAGCCUUCGUUCAGUCAACAAGUGGAAGGAAAUCAAGGGAAUUCUCAAGAUUAUCCUAACUCUAAUACAAAUAAAUCUUCUACUAUGGAACAACGAAGGAAGUUAGGGUUAUGCUUUAAAUGUGGGGACAAAUUCAGUCCCCGCCACCAAUGUUGGAGGCUGCUACUGCACAUGGAAGGAUUAGAAGAAGGAAAGGAAGAAGGUGAAAAAAAGGUUGUUCUCCAAGAAGAAACUGGUGGCUGCAAGAUGAUGGCCGGAGAAGUGUGGCAGAAAUUAUUAUAAAAAGAGAUUCCAGAGGCUCAGCUACACUCAAUUCAGGCUGUUGAGUUAAAAGACAGAACUAAGAUGGAGGAAGAACAUGCAACGGCUGCGAACACUGCUACACUUUGACUGCUCCAUGAAGAAGCGCUGAGGAGAAAGGAAGAAAGGAGGAUAAAUAAGGCAGUAAAGGCUGGUAUUGGUUGAUCCGCCAAUCCGUAACCAGCUUUGAUACUUCUUGGGAACAAGAAGUCGUUCAAGAAGGGGGCAUUUGUCACGACCCUAGGAUAUUAGAGAGGUAAUACAGUAAUUGGGCUGCAUACUGUUGUAAUUCGGUUAGAUGCCUUGGCUGUUGCUGUGUUUGUUGAGCUUUAAUUACAAUAACUGAAGAACAAUCAGGUAUGCCUAUAAAAGGCUAGUUGUAAGGGGAUGAUGGGGGCAUUCAGACAAUUAAAGACUGAAUCUUUCCCUCUUUCCUAAUUUCUCUCUCAUUCUCUCUCUCGAUUCUCUUCCCAGCUUUCUCUCUACUUCCAAUUUCUCUUGAAUGUUACCAAAAUUACCACUGUCAGAUCUGAGGAUCUGACAAAAUGGUAUGCAUUUAAAUGGCAAAUGAAAACUAAAAAUGUUGUUGAUGACACAAUAACACUAACACGGCAGCAAGAAUCCUAAUGUUAGGCGUAGCGUUGGUGAGCUCGAGGUCUUCAGUUUGAGUCUUGUGAGUCUCAAUUGCUCCCCCACUAGGUCUUGAAUGGUACAAACUAACUUCCCCCCCCAAAAAAAAAACUCAUUUCAAGCAUCACAAAAUCUGUGUAUUACACACGCACACACAACUUUUAAAGUUCAUUGUUUCUUAUUUAUAUCAUAAGUAUUCCUUGACUAUAUUUGCUUUAAACUACAUUAAUGACUGGCUGUCAGUAGUUGAAUGGAGCUUAUAUCUUACUGCUUUAAUAAUACCUUGUUUUCCUCUUUCCUUCAUUCUUUUCUUUAUUACUUGAAAUUAUCAAUUCUUGAAGUUAUCUUUCGUAUUACUGCUGUUACUAACUUUGGAAUUUGUUCUCACUAUGUUUAUCCUUCGUGAAGUUAUCUUUUGUACUACUGCUAUUACUAGCUUUGGAAUUUGUUUUCACUGAGUUGAGAAGAAGUAAAAUUUUAGGCCAAUGACUUCUAUAUAUUUUUUUGGUUGGUAUCCGAGAACAAUCCUCCUUUGAACAUAUAUAUUGUCUAGGUCUUUUUGGUGAAGUGAAUAGCAAAGAAGAAAUGAAAAAAUAGGCGUGUGAAUGUUAAACAUCCAAAAAUGUUUUUUCUUAUUGUUAGAACAAGUGGUAGAAUGCAUUAAGUAGGAGAAUACUCUAGAAUUUUUGUAUCCCUGUUCAUGGCUCAUCAAUAUUAAGUAAUGAAAAUUUAAAUAGAUUGGAGGGGUACAUUAUCAUGUUCUUAGCUAAUAUAUCAAUUUUAUUUUUCUGUUUUUAGAUGUCCUAAGUCAUUUAUAAUAUAUAAACAUCAAUAGAAAUAUGAGCCAAGAUGGAGGGGGGGCUAAUAUGUCUUGUUAUCAAUUAUUGCAGCAGUGGAUGUUGGUGAUACACUGAUAGUUACAAUAUUAAUUCAAUAUGGAAGGCUAAUAUGUGAGGAUAAAAGUCAAAGCACUAGAGCCUUAAUUAUCUUUAACAUUAAAAAACAAGACAAUAGAGCCUUAAUUACAUUUUAGAGAUUAAAAAGUAGCCAUCAUUAUCAUGAUCAUUAAUUGCACCUUAUGCUAACAAGUUCAGGAUAGUGGCACAACAAUCAUAAUGUCAAUUGACUUCUAAAAGUCACAUUGAUAAUACAAAUCUAUGCAAAAGAGCAAUGUGGUAGAAUUUUACACUAGAUGCCCUUCUUAACGCAACACUCUAGUGAGGAAAUGAUGAGAUAAAGUUCCAAUACUAUCUUCAUAAGGUAAAGUUUUUUGAGAUGGUGUUGAAUGAAGAUAAUUAAUACGGUCGUGUUCCAUAUCAUAUUUGAUGUAGAAAACUGUGUACAAGAAAUAAAGACAGUUAGGUAGUUAGACAAACUAUAGACACAAUUUUUCAUUCAUUGUACAUUUAUUUAUUUUCUAAGUGACAAUUUUUUCCCUGUGUAACUGCCACCAUAUGAACAAUUACCAUUUGUGUAUAAAUUUGUUCAAUUCAAAUAAUAAAGUGAGGAGUUUUUCUCUCUAAAAUCAACAAGGUAUCAGAGCAUUUCUGAUUAGAAAAUUCCUCCAUCGUCCCAAUAGCGUCCUUCACCACAAUAGUCUCUUCUUCUUCCUCUCAAGUACCCGUUGUUCUUAGUUCUAAUGGACAUUCAGUUAUGAUGUUCAUGAACGAAAGAGGAAAAGAUGAUUAUCUUAAUGGUGAAGCCCCCUAAAUCGAAUUUAAUAGAUUCAAAGUGCAAGACAUGGAAGACAAAAACCAAUAUGGUAAUGUCAUAGCUUGUCUAUUCCAUGACUAAUGAAGUCGGAGUAAAUUUCAUCCUCCACAAGAUGGCACAAGAGAAUGCCAGAAAGGAGAAGUAUUUUGACCCCAAAGACACAUCAAAUUGGAGUAAAUUUAAUCCUCCACUAGACAACACAAGAAAUCUGGGAUGCCGCAAAGGAGAAAUAUUUCGAUACUAAAGACACAACAGAGGCGUUAUCAAGGAGACCUCUUAAACACCCAAUAUUUUAGUCAUCUAACUAAAAUAUUGACACUCGACAUGUUCAAAGUGAUCUAAAUAAAAAAUCACUUCAUAAAAAGAAAAAUUGAAGGUGGAUUUCCUACAUACCAAGGAUUUAUCAAAGACUACCUACCGAAGACUCAGUUUGAAGAUGUAAAGAUCCAAGCUGGGCUUCCUUAAUAUUUACAGCCCAGCUUGAGGGGGCAUGUAGAAAAUCGUGUACAAGAAAUAGAGACAAUUAGGUAGUUAGGCAAACUAUAGAGACAUUUUUUUAUUUCUAAGUAACAGUUUUUUCUAUGUGUAACUGCCACCAUAUGAGCAGUUAUCAUUUGUGUAUAAAUUUGUCCAAUCCAAAUAAUAAAGUAAGGAAUUUUUUUGUCUAAAAUCAACAGUUGAUAUUGUGAAAUCAACAUAUUUAACAUGGAAACAUGACUCAAAGAUUUAAAAAAAAAAAGUGAAAAAGAAAACUUGAAGAGCCUCAAUUGCUAAUCCCUAGUUUGUCAUACCAAAAUAGGUGCGGUCCAUUAAACCAAAUACUUUGAAUUCAAGCAAUAAUGGUUUGGGUUCAUUUAAUGAGAACACAUUUUUCUGAAGUGAAAUAAUAGAUUUCAAUGGUCUGGGAGCUAGUUCUUGAGCAAAUUGAUUAUGUUAGAAAAUAGAGUAGCAGAAUAAUCUCAUCCAACUAAGAGGUGCAUAAAUGCUUCUUGAAUAUCAUGGGAGCCUCCUAAUGUGGAAGGUAUCAAGUAACUCUAUCUUUGGGAUUCAAUGUAGCUUGAGGGUAUUGUUCCCUCACAAUCUUUAUAAUACCUAGGGGCUCACUUCAACAUAUGCAGAUUCUUUCCUUUUACAAGACAAGGUUAUAAUCUUUGCUUUAAGAAAGGCCUCAACUUCUUCGGUAGGUGAGAUUUAAAUUCAAGUGCUUUAAGUUCACUAGCCAUAAACAUUUGCACCUAAUUUUAGUAAAAGCUUUGUUACCAUUUGGUCUAAUGUUACUAGUGGACAACAACAACAAUCACAAGCAUUAAUCCCACUAAAUGGGAUUGACUACAUGAAUUCUAGACCUCCAUUCAUCUCUAUCUAUGGUAAUGUUCUCUGUAAAGCCAGUACAUCCUAUGUUAUGUCUAAGAUUUUCUAUCAAGUUUUCUAUUGUCUUCCUCCCUCUUUUGCUUCAAUUUUUCUCCAUUUCAUCUACUUGUCUCACAUGUUCUUUUAUUAGUCUUCUCUCACAUGUAUAAACUAUCUUAACCAUGACUCCCUUACGUAUGCUCGUGUUUCUUAUUUUGUCUUAUGGUCAUCUGAUAGAACUUCCCUUUUAGUUUAACAAGAUUUAAUGAUCACAUAAAAUGCUAGAUGCACUUCUUCAUUUUAACCAUCCUACCUUGAUCUUAUAACAUCUUCCACAAUCUUCUUUUCUUUUUGAACCAUUAAUCUAAGAUUUUAAAAUUGGUCAUUUUUUUGGGAUAACUUGAUCUCCAUGUUUCAUAAUAUCAUCAUCCAUAUUUCUAUUUUUACUGAACUUACACUUCUAUUUCAGCUUACUUAAUUUAAAACCUUUGGACUUACAAGGUGUUUCUCCAUAAGUUUAUUAUUCAUGCCUUCUUUUGUCUCAUCUAUCAUGACAAGACGUCUACAAAUAAUAUACUUUAAGGCACUUCUUCUUGAAUGAGCUUGUGAGUUCAUCCAUCACAAGAGCAAAGAGGUAAGGACUCAUGCAGAUUUGUGAUGUAAUCCAAUUGUAAUCUAACAUUACUAGUGUAAUAACUCCAUUUCUUAUCUCUAUAAAAAAACUCACUUGUUAAAUGAAGUCUUCGUCUUGUUGAUAUAAUAGCCAUAUCACUUGAUUUCUAAGCAACCAAGUCCCAUCUGAUCGCAAUGCAGUUUAAUCUCUUAAGUCUUGCCAUUUCAAGUAUAUUGUCAUCCCUGGACUUCACUUGGUAACCCACACCAAAUGUUGCUUAAAUACAAUAAGACCAAAGAGGAAUAGGAAAUCAAAUUUAUAUUUUAUUUAGGGUUAGUUACACUUUGCAGAUCUGCAAUUCUACCAAAAUUUUUCUUCAAGAUAUUAAUAUUUUAAUUAUAACAAAUUACCCUUAAAAUUUUGAUUUGACCUCUAUUAUUUACCUCUUAAUUUAUUUUACUUUAUUGUUUUUUUUUUUUUGUGCAUGUGUGUGUGUGGGGGGGUUGUGUUGGUGAUAAUGAGUGUAAUUAACUACCAGACCCUCUUUCUUUUCACCUGCCAAUCAGCUUGAGAAAAUGUGCAAUGGUAGUGAUCAUUUAGUUAACACUUUGAAUACUUCUUGAGUUUCAAGUCUCAUGCUUGGGGAUUGAUAUUUGAAUUUUGAAAAACAAGAUGAUGGUUGGGUUGGCUAUUGGGGCUCAAAAACUAAAAGGAUCCAUUUUGUGGCAUUCACACAUGAUAACACUACUCACUUUUAAUUCUACCAUUAGGUGAUUCUAGUGUCCUCUUCUGUGUCAUGACUUUUUGAAUGCAUUACUAGCUAUUUCUAUCACUUCUUAGGUUGGUGUUUAUAGCCUUUGUCCUUUUCUUUCUGUGAUAUUUUUUAUGCUCCUUUGUGAUUGGAAGUUCACAUGUUUGAGUUGUGAACACAGGCCUCUUUGUGAAUCAAGGAUAAAGUUGCAUACAAAAAUAAGUCCCCCUUUUUUUAAUAUCCAAUACUCCAAAUUUUGGUCUAGGAUAUAUAAUAUAUAUAUGUGUUUAUGUUACAUGGACUGAGGUAUGACUAUUGGGUGCUAGUGUCUUAUACAUUGGAAAUUCUUAUACUGUUAAUUUUAAUGUAAUACCCACUAUUUUGAGAUGUCCAGGAUUAUAUGGAAUAAACAUUUUGGCUUGAAGUGCAAGUUUUGGACAUUAAGGGGUAACAUGGUUAAAAUAGCCCUUGGAAAGGUAAAACAGAGCUCAUUGGAUGUAAACUGGUCCAAACUAUUGAAUGUAGCUUGAAAACAUUUGAUUAGUUGGAGGGAAGUGUUGACAGAUUUGGUGAAACGGCCAACAAUUUUGCUGAAACUUUCAAUAGUUUUGGUUGACUGGUUGAUUUUGAGCUUAGAUGGGUGAGUUGAUAAUGUGGCCAAAUCUCAUACCUCGAGUGGCUUGAUCCAGGGGUCCAUGAUCUAUUAGCUUAGCUGACCAAGUUGCACCAAAAUGAGCCAUGUAUAUAUGCACAUAUGUUUAUAUAUGUGUGUGUGCGCAUAUGUGUGAAUAAGCAAAUAUGUGACUGUUUGAUAUUUCUCAACCAAUUCUUUUAGAAGAACCAUUGUGCUACUAGCUUGAGGAUUUGGGUUAAAAAGGUUUCCAGAAGCCAUCUUGAUGGCUUGUUUUUAGCAAGUGAAUUGGCUAGCUAGAGAAAGUUUGUUGGUUACAAGUCUUUUGUAUAUGCAGAGCCCACAGGAGCGGAGUUACAUUUGCUAGAAGCUCUUAUACUGGGGAUUGCUCCAGUAUUGAGACUCUGUGAAGUUGGGAUCUCUCUCUGAUAAGACAGGUGUGUAGCUGGAUCUCCUAAUACUACUUGUGUGAAUUGAAGUGAUAGUUGCUGCACUCCACUACAAGACAAGCAAGAAAUAAAAGAUCAAAGAGAAAGGAGAGGAAAGGGAGAUUUUGAGAUAUACCCUAACAGUUUGUUUUGGUUUGCAUAUUGGGGAGUGGUAUCACCACUUGACAAGGUAAUACCACAUUUGAUAUCUGAAAAAAAAUUGGGAUAAAUUAAGCUGAGUAUUAAAUAAUCACACUGAGAUGGGAUAAAUCUAUCUCACCUCCCACCCAGGUGUUAAAUAAUCCCACUUUGGUGGGAUUAAUUUUCUGAUCCAAUUGGACAUUUUAUCCCUGCAAUAUAAAACCAUCUACACACUCUCUCUCUUCAUUGCGAUCUGCCCUUCAUGCCUCUGUGAGCGACUCAGCAACUUAGAUCUCUCCUCUGAUGGCAAAGUCAUCUUCAACCUUGAUGGCAGAUGCAAGGUCUGAUGCUGGAUCCUAACAGGGUUGCUGGAGUUCUACAAAUUGCAUUGUAGAGGUUGAAGACGACUUGCACAAGCCAAAACUCAUCAGCAGAUUUUUCCUGAUGUUUUCAGCUUUGGAUCUGCUGAUUUUUUUCCUGGUGAUUAUGUUUUGGUUAAGCUUCACUGUGGAUGGUUUUGUGUUGGUUUGUUUUGGACAAUGUCUCUCUCUGAGAUGCUUGGAUUGUUUAUUGUAUUGGAGUAUUUGUGAGGAUAAAUAAGUUCAAAGGUGGAUUUUUUGUGGUCCUGCUGAAUUGGAGUUCCAUUAAUAAUAAAUCCUUCACUAUUUAUAAAAAAUAAUAAUAAUAAUUUGUGGUGGUGAGUCUUUUUGUGCAGAUUUGGGGGUGUGCAGAUCUGAUUUGAUCUUCUUCCAGAAUUUAAGAGUGCAGUAAAAUCAGAAUAACUUGUGUUGAUGGCCUGGAAGGUGGAUUGUUGAUUGUGCACUGUUUGCAACCAAUCGCUGGAUGGACUGAGAGGUGGCAGAUAAGAUGGAUGCCUUUGAAUUUCAAUGUUGUUGACAAACUCUCCUAAACAUGCAUCUCUGAAGAACUUCUGCAAAUUCAUGCAAUUAUUAUUUUGGUUCUUCAAGGAAUGUCCCCAUCCCGAUGAAAACCAGCGGCGUCAACUGGGUAGAGAACUGGGUCUUGAGCCUAAGCAGAUAAAAUUUUGGUUCCAAAACAAGAGGACUCAGACAAAGGCUCAGAAUGAGAGAGCUGAUAACAGCAGUCUGAGAGUGGAGAACGAGAAAAUCCAUUGUGAGAACCUUGCAAUUGGUGAGGCUCUCAGAAAUGUGCUGUGCCCAACUUGUCGGGGUCCCCCCUUUGGGGAAGAAGAAAGACAGCUUAAUCUUCAGAAGCUAAAGAUAGAAAAUUCCCAGUUAAAAAAAGAGUACGAGAGAGUAUCCCAACUUGUUGCCAAUUACCUAGGGAAGUCUGCUGAGCAAAUUCCUUCAUUAUCACACUCGUUAAACUUUCAGGCUGAAGGAUUUGCAGUUCAAGGGAUACAGGGAAGUCUUUCUCUAAACCUUGGUAUUGGAAAAUCAAAUUCCACCAUGCAAUACCCAUUAAAUGCAAGCCUUGAUUGGGAAAAAUCACUCAUGAUUGAGACUGCAAUUAGUGCUAUGGAUGAAUUGCUCAGGCUUUUGCGAGUUAAUGAACCCUUGUGGAUCAAGUCCCCAAUGGAUGGGGGAUAUGUACUUCAUCGUGAUAGCUAUGACAAGCUUUUUCCUAGGUCUAAUCAAUUUAAAAGUUCUACAGCCUGGAUAGAGUCAUCGAAAGAUUCGGGUGUGGUGCCAAUGAGUGGAAGACACUUGCUUGACAUGUUUCUGGAUGCGGUUCACCCUGAUAUCACAUGCUUUAAAUGUAUAAUUUUCUGUACUAGAAAUGAAUUUGUGUGCCUAAUUGCUUUGUUUCUGCAGAAUAAAUGGGUGGAUAUUUUCCCUACGAUAGUUACAAAAGCAAGGACAAUUGAAGUACUUGAUACCAGAAUUCUUGGAGAUCAAGGUGGUGUUUUGCAGCUGAUGUAUGAACAAAUGCAUAUCUUGUCGCCUCUUGUGGUACCUCGAGAGUUCUACUUCCUCCGAUAUUGUCAAGAAGUAGAGCCAUGCAUGUGGGUUAUGGUUGAUAUUUCAUGUGAUUUCUUCAGAGAGGACCCUCGUACAUCUCCUCCCCAAUCAUGGAAGCUUCCUUCUGGUUGCAUGAUUGAAGAUAAGUCCAAUGGAUGCUGUGAAGUGACAUGGGUGGAACAUGUAGAAGUGGAUGAUCAAUCUCAAACCCAUUACCUGUAUAGAGAUUUAAUAUGUGGGGGAUCAGCAUUUGGAGCUCAACGAUGGAUUUUUACUCUUCAGAGGAUGUCUGAGAGAUUGGCAUGCUCAACAGGGUCACUUAGUCAUGAACUUGCAGGGGUGAUUGAUAUGCCUGAAGGAAGGAGAAGCGUAAUGGAUCUUUCCCACAGAAUGGUCAAGAAUUUUUGGGGAAUGUUGAGCAUGUCAGGUAAACUAGAAUUUCCUCAUUUGGGCAAUGGAGUUCACGUCUCAGUUCGCCAUAGCAAUGAACCAGACCAACCUGGUGGAAUGAUUGUCAGUGCUGCUUCGUCUCUGUGGCUCCCUCUAUCAUGCGAGAUCCUGUUUAAUUUUUUUGGAAAUGUGAAAACGCGAAUUCAGUGGGACGUGGUCUCAGAUGGAAAACCAGUGCAAGAGAUUGUGCAUGUCCCUUGUGGAACUAAUCCAGGAAAUUGUAUAUCUAUUAUCCAGCCGUUCUUUCCCACCGAGAACAGCAUGCUGAUGCUUCAGGAGAGCUGCAUAGAUCCUUUGGGAUCGCUUGUAGUCCAUGCCCCCAUUGACUUAUCAGCAAUCAAGUCAGCCAUGCAUGGGGAGGACUCUGCAAGCAUACCAAUUCUUCCAUCAGGCUUUGUUAUCUCUGGUGAUGGCCGUCCCGAUCAAGGAAGCAUGGGAACUUCAUCAAGCUCAAGCAUCCCAAGGUCCGGUGGUUCAAUUCUUACAGUGGCUUUCCAGAUUCUGGUUUGUGACCAAGACCAGGUGAGUUUGGAGUCUGUGGAUACGGUAACUUCCCUUGUCACCUCUACCAUCCAGAAAAUGAAGGCUGCCCUCAAUUGCUCCGAUGUGUAGACCUACCGGAGUUACAUAGCCAGCUGUCUUUUAUUAGGCUAUAUUUACAUAUAUUUUGGUAGGACUGCUUUAUUAUAUAAUUUGCUGAUGCUUAUUAGACAUACAGCCAAAACAUGCAACCUUGGGUUUUCAGACAGAUUAACCUUUCCUUCUUGCGCUUUUAUAUGAACCAAAUGUUUGCAAAUACAUUUUAUGGUUAAUUUUUGCUUAUUUUC